CAGUAUUGUAUCCUGCUGAGGAUUGCUUAUUGCCUGCAGAUCAAUACUUAGCAUUGGUAACUGUGCAAGCGACGAAAUUCUUACCUGUAGGUGCCGAAAAGAAUAGGAAUGCGACAGUCCCAUCCAGAAUAAUCUGGUCUCUGUGCCCGUGCUUCCAAGCAGCGUCUUUCAUCUCAUUUGUUGCUACACAUGCUUCGAAACGGUCCUGUUUCUCGGCACGUGCAGAAUAGUGAAAGAUGGCUUGUGCAAAGACAGAAUUGUAGUUCGGAGAUUGUGGAUCCAUCCAUCCAUGGAUGUUUGCUUCAGUGACCGUGAGUCUUUUGCAGUCAAGAUCCACCGGAAUGGUGACUUCUUCAUCUCUGCAUCGGUUUGGGGAAAGCCAUUGUAGGCCUUCCGGGCAACGAAGUCGCGGUUCUUUCCACGAAUGUCGGUGAAUGUACAUGAGCUGUCAUGCAACUGUGCCAAUGCCACAUCAUACACUGACUUGUGUCACCUCAGUUACCACCGCCAUCACCCGGUUGCACCCCCGCGGGGGUCCUCCUGG